AUGGAGAAGAUUAGGGCUGUGAUUGUUCUGCCAUCUUUGUGGUGCUGUGAAGAAGCCAACCUUAGGUCCUUUGCUCAGUCUGUGCUGAGGUUUCUAGGUUUCAUCUUCUGGGGAACUGCUGCAGUGCAGAUGUUUGGUGGAGUCUCAGUGAUCCUGAUGCUCAAGAACUACAGCUAUUUAUUUCAGGAGUAUUACGUGUCUCUCCCUGGUUGGUUGGCUCUUGCAACUGCGCUUAUAUUGCUGCCUACUGGACUACUGGCUGUUUCUAUUUCUGUUAAGUGUUCCCGCAACCAGCAAGGGACUUUCAUGUACUUGCUGGUGCUCCUUCUUUGCCUAGAAAUGUCUUCAGCAGUGCUGGCAUAUUCCUACUCUGUUAAGACAGCUUCUCAGCUGGAAAGUGCUAUGGGUUACCUGGUUCACCAGCACAAUUGGACAUGCUCCCAGGAUCCUGGAAACAGCCCUGUAGAUGUGAUACAGAGGAAGCUGCAGUGUUGUGGGGUCCACAGCUACACAGACUGGCUAAAGGCAUCCUCUUCUUUAUAUCACCCAGCUUGUGUUCCUGAAAGUUGCUGUAAGGAGAAGCAUUCUCACUGCACAGGAGACUUAGCCCAUGUGGACCAGCUUUCUGACAAAGGCUGUCUAAAGAAGCUGGAAGACCAGUUGUGUUUUGCCAUGCUGUACAUUUUUUGGUGUUGUCCUGUGCUGAGCAUCUUGGAGCUGUUGGCUGCUAUCAGCAAUGGCUUCCUCCUGAGACAUCAGCCAUUCCGUGAACUCCGUAUUUUGGACUCACAAACCUUCUGA